AUGCCACUUGGUAAAUUGGCCCUAGGAGCUGAAGAGUCUACUCUAGAGGAACUUCUUAGUGCCAUUGGAAUAACAAAAAAGUCUAUGAUAAGUGGAGCUUUCAAACCAAUGAUAACUCUUUUGCGUCACCUUCCGGGCGGGAAGUUGGAUAUUGCAAGUAAAAUUUACGUACCAAUUAAUUCUCACUUAUAUAGAAAAUUUAAUGAUGAAUCAAAAGCUAUAUUUGAUUAUAGUGUUAAAAAGAUCAACUUUGAAUUUCCGACAUUUGUCGCACAUCAAAUUAAUUCUUGGGUGUCACUUCAAACAAACGGUGUAAUAAAAGAUAUUAUAAGCUCUGCCGACGUACUACCUUCCACUUCAUUACUACUAAUUAACGCGGUGUACUUUAGUGGCAAAUGGAAUGAAGCAUUUGAAACAUUUAAGAAUGUUACAUUUUAUGGUCCAAAUAGUAAAAAGGUUUUGACAAUGAUGAGUCACAUAUCGCAAUAUAACUAUACUAAAAGUAAAGGUUUGAAAGCUGAAAUAAUAAAAAUUCCAUAUAAAGGGUAUUUAGCGGAAUUCGUUAUAGUCUUACCCACAUCUCGUACCGGUUUGCCAUAUUUAUUGAACCAGUUGAGAUUAUCGCCUGAAAUAUUAGACUACGCUAUGGACAACAUGGUCCCCAUGAAGACAGAACUAACGAUACCAAAAUUUAAAAUUGAAUCGGAUUUGAAUCUGAACGAAAUGUAUCACAAGAUGGGAGUAAAACAAAUAUUCGAGAAAAGCCAUUCUCAAUUAACCAAAAUAGUGAGAGACGAAACAGUGUACGUGACGACGGCGAAACAUAAGGCUUUUAUAGAUGUCCACGAGUAUGGGACUGAGGCUGGAGCAUCAUCGGGUGUGGUGGGAUCGAGAUUAACUCAAGCGGAAAAAAUCCCUUUCCGAGCUGACCAUCCAUUCUUAUUUUUCAUUAUAGUCAAGGGACAACAAUUAUUUUCUGGAACGUUUGUUAAUCCUAAUAAU